AUUCUCUCAGUUGGCUUCGCACGGUCAUUUCAUGUUAAUACUUUUGAUCCUUAAUUGUUUUCCAUCUGGCAACCUAUCUUCUUUUCCAACAUGGCCGCUUCGGACUGCAUCCUGCGCCGAAUCCUACACUUGCCCAGACGCCGUCCAGAUUCUAGGUCAGAAGUCGUCUGCAGGGAGACGCUGCAUGUGUUGGACGUGUCCCGCUACACACGAGACCUGGGGGCGUCGGUCUACUUCCCCAAUGCUGCCCUGACAGGAGAUGACUUGUAUGACGUCACACUGAGCGACAUGGACUGCCGCCUGCGCGUCACUCUGGAUCCCACGCUGAACCGUCUGGUGGAGAAGAACCGGCUGCGGCGUGGCGCGGCGCUACAAAGCGUCACAUUGGCUCCCGGCGUUAUAUCCCCCAGCUUCAUCAUGGCGCGUGUGGACAUCAAAGAUGAGGAGGCGGAGGUCGGGGUGUCUGACUGCGACUCGCUGCCCUGGACCGCAUCCCCCGAUGUGUCAGGUCCACUGAGGGCCAACCGGCUGGUGUUUCUUCCUCUGUGGAACAAUGUAGACUUCAGCGGCGCCACCUGGCAGCAGACUCCGCCCCCUAUGGAAGAUGAGGAAGAAGAGGAGGACGAAGCUAGUCGUCCUAGCGUGACCGUUAAAGACUUGCGUGACGGAUACUUGUCCAAGCAUAAGGGCGUGCUGCACGGCGCCAUUCGGCGUCGGUUGAUCGUGCGCAUCCUGGCCAAGUCACAGCUGCUGUACUACGGCAGACAUGACAGCAACUGCAGGUGUCCUUACAGGGCGCUCUUGGAGGUGUGUGACCACACAGGAAGUGUGUGUGUGGUGUUGUGGAACAGCGUGUGCGUCACAUGGUACCGCCCUCUCAAGCCCGGCGACAUCAUCAGCCUUAGCCACUUCCGGGUCAAGCAGCUCUACCAGUCCGAUAACGACGAUAUCGAGAUCAGCGUGAACAGCCGAAAUCCCACCGCUUGUAUUUCUCUGCUCCCGGAGUCCUCAGUGGCAGUUGACCGCUUGCCGCCACAACCCGCCUACAGCUUCUACAGCAGUAAGGAGCUGCCGGACCGCCCUAACCACAGUCUGUGUGACGUCAUCGGCCUGGUCACAUUCACGGGACGUGCCGAGAGAAUCAGGAGAAAAGACGUCCUGGACGCCGUAGGAGGAAUGGAGCUUUUAGAGUAUCGCUGGCUGCGACUGGAGGACGGAACCAGUUCCCGUCCCAUUUGGGUCAAGCUCUUCUCCACCUCACAGCCAGAAACUCACUGCAGGCUCCGUCCACUGAUGGUGGUGGUGUGCACUCGCCUGAUGGUCGUCCAGAAAGCCGUCGGCGUCUUCUACCUGACCAACACGAUGCAAACGCAACUCUACUGCACAGGUCAGGGCCACCACUCAGAGAUGAGCUAUCGCAAACUCAUGGCGGUCCGGGCAUUCCUCAAGUGGUUGAAACGUCACGAUGAAGCAAGCGUUCAGCGCUCGGCUCUCAUUGGAGGAUUCUUCACAUAUCCAACCCCUCCCGUCUCCUUGGAAACGUACAUGAAAGACAGCACAGGUGAGCCAGGCUUCCUUAAGGGGGCGGAGCUUUUGAGGGAGAUGACUGGAUUGUGUUACAGGGAGCGACGCACCUUUUGUGUCCAAGCGACUGUUACCAUGGUGACAUACUGCCGGCGAGGAGAGGAGAAGGACUGCCUCUUCUGGACAUCUUCAACCCUGCACGCCUCAACCUCGUCACUCUCCUCCCCCCUCGCUGCUAGUCAGCGGACGCCCCGCCCGCUGCUGUCCCCCAGCGCCAGUAGGCCGUGGAAGAGGAAGCUCCCGCUGCACUCGGAAUCUCCACAAAAGGGACCACCUCAAGCUACUUUACAAGGGGAGCACAGCAACAAAACAGUUGUCCUCUUUGAAGCUUCCAUGGAGUUCCUCCAAGACUCCAACGAAGAAGAAGAAGAUGACGACGAGGACGACGACACUUCCUCUUUUGCCACCUGCCCCUCCCACCCAGAUUUCCCACACAUCGCCGUUGAGUCGCUGGCGAUGCGCUACGACCCCGCCCAUGGGGAGCAGCAGGCGGUUGCCGUGGCAAUGGGAGGACGAUUGAAGUCCCUCGGUGCCACCUUUGACUCAGAGGAUUACUACACCUUCACACUUAGAGUUUUGUCAGACGGCGCGGUCGUUUCCGCCAUCUUCCUCCCUCAGUCGCAGUUUUCCUCCCUCUUGCCGGCCUCCCUCCCCCAUGCCAAUACCUGGAUCUCCAUCUUGUCCCACGGAGCCUUCUCCUCACACACACACCCACCCUCACCAGUUGACCUCGUCGCCACGGCACCGCUGCUGGCGAAUCAGAGGCUAGUGUGCUUGCUGGAGACGUGUCAUCUGGGCGGAGACUCCAGCGAGGUCGUCUUGAGUCGAGCGUUCCUGCUGAGGGGAUGACGUGAGAACUCCUCGUCGUUUUUGCACUUUAGGAUGUGUGUUGUUGAGGUGUUAAAAAACUGCACUUUUUUCAGAAGAACACGUAUAAAAAAAUUUAAAAAAAAUUCUACCUUGUAAAUAAACGCUAGCAAAGUCAUCUAACAAUUUAACUAAUGGGAAUCUUUUGCGCCCAUAAAACCCACUAAAAAACAUCCAAAAAGCACCAACAAUACUCCAUUUACAUUUCGUGACCUGAACAUUAACCAAGCAUUAGUGAUAUUAUAAACGCUUACGUUAAGGAACUACUUUUAGCAGCACAUUGAUCACAGAGAGGUAACCAGCGUAUGCUGCUGUAUUGACAAUAAAGUACUAUCUAUCUAUCUUAUCAUCAGCUGGGGAGCUGCUCUCACGCCUCUGAGCUGGUAAAAGGUAAUGCUAGAUUAUAAAUCAUGCCUCUCACCUGGAUAGUAGAAGGUUGUGGACAUAAACCAAGAAGCUGGUCAACUUUGACAUCCAACUUAGACCCGGAGAUGAUGAGAAAGAUAUGAGAAGACGCUCGUUUUUACCCGCUUUUUUUUUUUUACCCGUUGUGAGGAUUAUGACGUUAAUUAUU